CUGCCUCCACCCCCGCCUCUCAGACAGAAUUCCUCUUUCCUUAUCUGUGCCCAGCACGGCACCACCGUCCACAACCGUGGGUCCCAGGCCCUGUGUGCUGGUCUGUCACCCGCCCGCCAAGCAAUCUUUCAUUCUUCCUCUUGGCCCGGGGCGGCGCGGAUCCUGGUUGCCAUGGCAACACUGCGGCGGUGGCGGUACCAGGUGGCAGCGGGGGCAGGGAGCCGGGCGCCGCAGCUCCACCAUCUCCGUGCCAGGCCUACCAGUGCGGUGGCCAGGAUCCUCCUGAGGGCACUCAGGGACUCCCCAGGCUGUACAGCACCCCUACAGGGCUGGGAUGUGGGGGGGCAGGGUGGAGGGAGGGCAAGGACACCCGGUGGGGGCACCAGUGGUAGUAGAUGCAGGGGUGAAACAUGGAGUCAAGGUGAAGUGAAGGACGAUCGGACACCAGAAGAAGGGGGUCCGGCUGAGGCUGAGGGGUGCAGCAGCACCCCAUACGAGGGGCUGGGGACUUGAACCCACUGAGGGGGAGACACAGGGAGCUGCCUCAGGGAGACUCAGGGGCAGUGCCAGGCUGGGGCCUCCUCCUCUCACGGCCACCUGAAGAAAACGGGACAGGAGAAAGCGCUGGGGACCUGGGAACAAGUGGACAGGCUGAGGCCCAGAGUCCCUGUCACCCGCUCCUCUCUCACACCAAGCAAGAUAUGGUUUCCAUGACAACUUGGCCAGCCAGAAAAGGGGGCGGGGGACUGCAGAGGGAAUUUUCCACAUCAGCAGGGCAGAGUGGAGCAGUGUGGGCUGCAGAGGAAGGAACAGCAGGGAAGGCAGGGGCCACGCAGGGCCGCCCAAGCCCCAAGUCACCAUGCCCCUGCCCAGGGACGCCGUCUGAGACCCACUGCCCACUUCUGGCCACUGCUGGCACCAAUGAGGUUCAGGCAGGGCCAAGGGUCAAACGUCCAAAGAUCAGCGGCUGCCCAGCCUGCUCAGGGGCAGUGAGCACCAAGAGGCCAGGCAGCAGACCGCCAGACCCAGGGCCAUGGCCGCCCACGGGGCCCCACGCAAGGUGGGGGUGGUGGGAUACGGCCGCCUUGGUCAAUCCCUCGUCUCCCGCCUUCUGGCUCACGGACCUGAACUGGGCCUUGAGCUUGCUUUUGUCUGGAACCGUGACCUGGGCCGCAUGACAGGGAGCGUGCCCCCGUCCCUGCAGCUCCACAGCCUCGCUGCCCUUGGGGAAAGGCACCCUGAUCUGGUGGUGGAAGUGGCCCAUCCCAAAAUAAUCCAGGAAUCUGGGGCACACGUCCUGCGCCAUGCCAACCUCCUGGUGGGGUCCCCAUCAGCCCUGGCUGACCAGACCACACAGCAGCAGCUCCUGGACGCCUCCCACCGCUGGGGCCAUGCCGUGUUUGUGGCUGGAGGAGCCCUGUGGGGUACUGAGGACAUCGCGAGACUGGAUGCCUCCGGGGGCCUCCAGAGCCUUCGAGUCACCAUGGCCACACACCCAGAUGGCUUCCGACUCGAGGGACUCCUAGCUACAGUCCCCAGCACCGGGCCGCGCACUGUGCUCUACGAAGGCCCUGUCCGUGGGCUCUGCCCCUUUGCUCCCCGAAACUCCAACACCAUGGCAGCCGCCGCCCUGGCUGCGCCCAGCCUGGGCUUUGACAACGUGAUUGGGGUGCUUGUGGCGGAUCUCAGCCUCGCGGACAUGCACGUGGUGGACGUGGAGCUGAGAGGACCCCCGGGGCCCACAGGCCGGAAUUUCUCUGUGCACACGCACCGGGAGAACCCGGCGGAGCCAGGCGCUGUAACGGGCUCCGCCACAGUAGCUGCCUUCUGGCGCAGCCUCCUGGGCUGCUGCGAGCUGCCCUCCAGACCAGGGAUCCAUCUCUGCUGAGACGCCUCCUCCACCAGAGAGCACAUCCCACCUCUGCUCACUCCUGU